AUGACCUGCAGAAAAAGGAAAGGAUCUUGCAGCAAGAGCAGGCAGUUGUGGCGAGGGAACGUCAUUCCAUAUCAGAACAGUCUUUUGAACUCGAAGCGAAAAAAACGCCAACUUCAACAGCGCCUUGAAAGCAAUGAUGUUGACACCCAGCGCCUUCGAGAGGAGCUGAAGCGGCGCGAGGCCGAAUCCUUGCGGCUUCGGUCGGAGACGAAGCACCUUGAGCAACGCAUCCACGAGGAGAAAGCAGCGAGAGUGGCGGAGAAAGCAGAGCUGGUCCGGCAGUUGCGAUCGCAACCGCCCGCAUCGGUUGAUGAGGAGACGUGGCAGUACCAGAAUGAUGAAGGAGAUUGGGUCUCCUACUCCUCUCGUUCCAACGAUGAACUCAUGGGGGCGUUAAAGGAAGGGAAAAAGACUAUCAUUUUGACCAUUGAUCAAAAAGGCUAUGAAGUGGACUUCACAUUGAUGAAGCAGAUGAAUCAACGCACCGAGAAGAGGCGAUCAAUACGCCUUUUCUUUGGGCUUCCCAACCACUGGGGUAUGACUGAUGAAGAUGCGUUAAAGCUUCUGAAGGGUGAGGUACAAGAUGCUCAAGAAGCUUCUGAUGCCUCUGUCUCCAUGGGCACCGUGCUGACGACCAUCAGCGAGGGGACGCGAAUGGCAAUGCGGGCUCCGUUCAAGAAGUUCGUGCGGAAAGUGCAAGAUCUUAAUUGGCUGUCAGAAUUGGAAAGCCUGCUCAAUUCAUCCGCCCUUCGUCAUGAUCAGAGCAGAUGUCAUUGCCCUCACGGUGACUCGAAGUACCGUUUGCUAGAGGCAUACCAGGUUAGGAACUUGUAUUUGUGGCGCAGAUACCAGCGGUUUGUCAGAAAUCUCGGAGACAAGCAGAACCAGCAUGGUAUUGUCCCGGAAGAGAUCCAGCCACCAGUAUGUGAGGCGCUCACAAACUUUGCAGAGGGUCUCCAGGUUGACCUUCCUUGCAAUGAAAGGCUCCUUUUUCACGGAACCAUGAAAUUUGGGUACGCGAAGGCCAUUGCCGUGGAAGGCUUUGACAAUCGCAUUGCAAGACAAGGGCUUUAUGGAAAAGGAACCUACUUUGCGUCACAGACCUGCAAAUCGGCUCAGUAUGCGACCAAGCGUGGGCGUGCUGAGAAGGCGUCGCAUAGAAUGCCCGGGACAAUGCUGGUUGCGCGUGUUGCUUUAGGCGAUCCCUAUUACACAGAAGGAAAGUACAACGAAUCACGUCCACCUACCAAGAACUCCCACCCUGUGGACGAUUCAGACGACGAGCGCACAGUGCUUUGUGAUUCUUUGAUCGCAAGACCUGGCAUACAAGCGGGUCAACAUCCACAGGCUCACAUGGAGUUUGUGACCUUUGCGCCAGAACAAGCAUACCCGGAGUUCAUCCUCAGAUUCGUCGAGGAGGACUAG